GGGGGAGCAGCCUGUGGUGUUCUGUUAUUAUUAUUAUACAGUGCUCUUCCACAGAUACGGAGACAGUUCCACCCGAGGGGGAGUAUAUAGAAGAGCACAGGGGUCUGUACAAGGACGUGAUGAUGGAGAAUCACCACCCCCUCACAUCACUUGAUGGGCCCAGUAACAGAGAUACCCCAGAGAGAUGUCCCCGUCCUCUGUAUUCCCAGGAUUGUACAGAGGAGAAUCACAGGACCCCACAGGAGGAUCAGGUAGAACAUCUUUCUCGUAUAAAGGCAGAAGCUAUAAGGAGAGAAGAAGAGACGUAUGUGACUGAUAUAAAGGCUGAAGAUAUAGAGGAAGAAGAGGAGACGUAUGUGACUGAUAUAAAGGCAGAAGAUGUAGAUGGAGAAGAAGAGACGUAUGUGACUGAUAUAAAGGCAGAAUAUAUAGAUGGAGAAGAAGAGACGUAUGUGACUGAUAUAAAGGCAGAAGAUCUAGAGGGAGAAGAAGAGACGUAUGUGAUUGAUAUGAAGGUAGAAGAUACAGAGGGAAAAGAAGAGAUGUAUGUGACUGAUAUGAAGGUAGAAGAUAUAGAGGGAGAAGAAGAGAUGUAUGUGAUUGAUAUAAAGGCAGAAGACAUAGCGGGAGAAGAAGAGACAUAUGUGACUGAUAUGAAGGCAGAAUAUACAGAGGGAGAAGAAGAGACGUAUGUGAGGGGUGAUCAGCAGUGUAAGGAGGAGGUGAUCCCUACAGAUAUCAGCACAGCAGGUGGACACACAAGCAGGAAUAUCUCAGAAGGACAUCUAACAUUAUCCCUGGAUUCUGAAAUAACCGAUAAUGACAGUAGAAAGGAUUCUCCAGGAGCUAACCCCAUUACCCCAAUUAUACAUCCAGCUCUAUCAGCUGAUUCCUCUGAUCCUGGGAAAUGUUCUCCUGAUCACUCUGAUAUUGGUGCAUCUGUUACAGCUCUGAGAGUAGAUACAGUGUUUCCCUGUUCUAUAGAUGCCAGAUGUUUUGCACAGAACACAAACCUUAUUACUCAUCAGCCAGCUAAAGCAGAUGAGAGGCGAUUCCCAUGUUCUGAGUGUGGUAAAUGUUUUACAUAUAAAUCGGCUCUUGCUACACAUCAGAGAAGUCACACAGGUGAGAGGUCAUUUCGAUGUUCUGUGUGUGGCAAAUGUUUUUCAUCGAAAUCAAUUCUUGUUAGACAUCAGAGCAGUCACACAGGUGAGAAGCCAUAUUCCUGUUCUGAGUGUGGGAAAUGUUUUACACAGAAAACAGCUCUUAUUGGACAUGAGAGAAGUCACACAGGUGAGAAGCCAUAUCCCUGUUCUGAGUGUAGAAAAUGUUUUCCACGGAAAUCACGUCUUGUUGCACAUCAGAGAACUCACACAGGUGAGAAGCCAUUUCCAUGUUCUGAGUGUGGGAAAUGUUUUGCACAGAAAUCAGCUCUUGUUGAACAUGAGAGAAGUCACACAGGUGAGAAGCCAUAUUCCUGUUCUGAGUGUGGGAAAUGUUUUGCAACUAAAUCAUUUCUUGUUAUACACCAGAGAAGUCACACAGGU